GUAGGGAGGAGGUUUUGCUUCUGCUCCCUCUUAAUUUUAUUUGGGAGCGUGUUCUGUGGCCCUCCUUGUACGUUUGGGUGGUCCGCUGUUGCUGCACAUGUGGCUCGGGAGAUAAAUCAGUUGCACGGUUGCCCAGUGACGUGGGGAGAAGACCAAAUGAGCCCCAACUAGGAUUUAGUAUCUAGAAAAGGAGUUAAGGAGGGCGUCAGCGAUGGCCCCCAGAAAAAGAAACGGGCGAGGGAUUUCGUUCAUCUUCUGCUGCUUCCGAAGUAAUGACCAUCCAGAGAUCACCUACCGGCUGCGGAAUGACAGCAGCUUUGCGUUGCAGAGCAUGGAGCCGGCGUUUCCCAUGCCUCCGGUGGAAGAGCUGGACGUUAUGUUCAGUGAGCUCGUGGAUGAACUCGACCUUACAGAUAAACAUAGAGAAGCCAUGUUUGCACUUCCUGCUGAAAAGAAAUGGCAGAUUUAUUGCAGCAAGAAGAAGGACCAAGAAGAAAAUAAAGGAGCGACAAGCUGGCCAGAGUUCUACAUUGAUCAGCUUAACUCCAUGGCUGCUAGAAAAUCGUUGAUCGCUUUGGAAAAAGAAGAUGAAGAAGAGAGAAACAAAACCAUUGAGAGUUUGAAGACAGCAUUGAGGACCAAACCUAUGAGGUUUGUAACCCGAUUCAUUGACCUGGACGGCUUGACGUGCAUUCUGAACUUCCUGAGGAGCAUGGACUAUGAGACCUCGGAGUCUCGGAUACAUACCUCUCUCAUCGGAUGCAUCAAAGCACUGAUGAACAACUCUCUUGGGAGAGCGCAUGUCCUGGCCCACUCAGAGAGCAUUAACGUAAUUGCUCAGAGUCUGAGCACCGAGAACAUUAAGACGAAGGUGGCAGUGCUAGAAAUCAUGGGCGCUGUGUGCCUGGUUCCUGGCGGUCACAAAAAGGUGUUGGAGGCCAUGGUGCAUUACCAAAAAUACGCCAGCGAAAGGACUCGCUUUCAGACAUUAAUCAAUGACCUGGAUAGAAGUACAGGGCGCUAUCGUGAUGAAGUCAGCCUCAAGACGGCCAUUAUGUCCUUUAUUAACGCGGUCCUAAGUCAAGGAGCUGGAGUGGAAAGUCUGGAUUUCAGACUUCAUCUUAGAUAUGAAUUUCUCAUGCUUGGGAUACAGCCGGUCAUUGACAAAUUAAGAGAGCAUGAAAAUUCCACGUUAGAUAGGCAUUUAGACUUUUUUGAGAUACUCCGGAAUGAAGACGAGUUAGAGUUUGCCAAAAGAUUCGAGUUGGUCCAUAUAGAUACGAAAAGCGCGACGCAGAUGUUCGAGCUGACAAGGAAGAGGUUGACUCACACGGAGGCAUACCCGCACUUUAUGUCUAUUCUUCACCACUGUCUCCAAAUGCCUUAUAAGAGAAAUGGCAACACCGUCCAUUACUGGCUGCUGCUGGACCGUAUUAUACAACAAAUUGUUAUUCAGAACGACAAAGGGCAGGACCCCGAUUCAACACCCUUGGAGAACUUCAACAUUAAAAACGUCGUCCGAAUGUUGGUUAAUGAAAAUGAAGUUAAGCAAUGGAAGGAGCAAGCAGAAAAAAUGCGAAAAGAACAUCACGAACUCCAGCAGAAGCUGGAAAAAAAAGAGCGGGAGUGCGAUGCCAAGAGCCAGGAGAAAGAGGAGAUGAUGCAGACCUUGAAUAAGAUGAAGGAGAAGUUGGAGAAGGAGUUGGCAGAGCACAAGCAAGUCAAGCAACAAGUGGUGGACCUCACAGCCCAGAUCCAUGAACUCAGCAGGAGAGCAAUAUGCGCCUCAGUACCAGGGGGUCCCCCUCUACCGGGUGGUGCUCCUGGGGGCCCCUUACCGACCUCUUCCAUGGGAUCUCUCCUCCCAGUUCCUCCUCCCCCACCACCACCUGGUGGAAUCCUCCCGCCACCUCCGCCGCCGCCACCGCCUCCUGGUGGUCCACCGCCUCCACCGGGGCCCCCUCCUCUAGGUGGCAUCACUCCCCCACCUGGAGCGCCAUUGGGAUCAGCACUGAAAAGGAAAAAUAUCCCCCAGCCCACAAAUGCACUCAAGUCCUUCAACUGGUCUAAGCUGCCAGAGAAUAAGCUGGAAGGCACUGUGUGGACAGAUAUAGACGACGCAAAGGUCUUCAAGGUGCUGGAUCUUGAAGAUCUCGAGAGAACAUUCUCUGCUUACCAAAGGCAGCAGAAAGAAGAUGCCCUCGAUGAUGCGCUGAGUUCCAGGCAUAAAGUCAAGGAGCUUUCGGUCAUAGAUGGUCGGAGGGCCCAGAACUGCAAUAUCCUUCUCUCAAGGCUGAAGUUAUCAAACGACGAAAUCAAACGUGCGAUUUUGACGAUGGACGAGCAAGAGGACUUGCCAAAAGACAUGCUGGAGCAGCUCUUAAAAUUCGUUCCUGAGAAAGCUGACAUUGACCUCCUGGAAGAACAUAAACAUGAGCUGGAUCGGAUGGCCAAGGCGGACAGGUUCCUCUUCGAAAUGAGCAGGAUAAACCAUUAUCAACAAAGGCUCCAGUCGUUGUAUUUUAAAAAGAAAUUUGCCGAGAGAGUGGCUGAAGUUAAACCUAAAGUGGAAGCCAUCCGCACCGCUUCCAAGGAAGUGUUCCACAGCAAGAGCUUGAAGCAGAUCCUGGAGGUAGUUUUGGCCUUUGGCAACUACAUGAACAAAGGCCAAAGGGGGAAUGCGUACGGCUUUAAAAUCUCGAGCCUGAACAAGAUCGCGGACACAAAAUCCAGCAUUGACAAGAACAUUACUCUGUUGCACUAUCUCAUCACCAUCGUAGAAAAGAAAUACCCCAAAGUUCUCAACCUACAUGAAGAACUAAAGGAUGUCCCCGAGGCUGCCAAAGUCAACAUGACGGAGCUAGAAAAGGAAAUUGGCAACUUGAGGAGCGGGCUGAGAGCUGUGGAGACCGAGCUGGAGUACCAGAAGUCUCAGCAGUCCCAACCGGGAGACAAAUUCAUUACCGUUGUCAGCCAGUUUAUCACCUUGGCCAGCUUUGGCUUCUCGGAUGUGGAGGAUCUUCUGGCAGAGGCCAAAGAGUUGUUCAACAAGGCUGUGAAGCAUUUUGGGGAAGAUGCUAUGAAAACGCAGCCAGAUGAGUUCUUCGGGAUUUUCGACCAGUUCCUUCAAGCUGUGACGGAAGCCAAACAAGAGAAUGAAAACAUGAGGAAGAGAAAGGAAGAAGAAGAGCGGCGGGCUCGCAUGGAAGCUCAGCUCAAAGAACAGCGGGAGCGGGAACGGAAGGCCAGGAAGGCAAAAGAGAACAGCGAGGAAGGUGGGGAGUUUGAUGAUCUUGUCUCCGCUUUGCGGUCCGGCGAAGUCUUCGACAAAGACCUUUCCAAGCUGAAGCGCAACCGCAAACGCAUCACCAACCAGUUGGCGGACAGCAGCCGUGAGCGGCCCAUCACGAAACUGAACUUUUGAAUUUCCUUCGACCAAAAGAGAGUUCAGCGUGUUAGAAGAACUGCUUGAGCAGCCGUGUUGAAAAGGCCGGGAUUUGCCUGCCUUACAACUCGAGCAGUCCUGCUCGUCUCUGUUCUCAUUUUGAGUGCGUGUGCUCAUGGAAGCAUGUGUGCAAGGGUGCUGUGUAUGCAUCUGAUUGUGUGGGUGGAGGGUCAGGAAGUUCGCCCGUGUGUGUGUGUGCACGCAUGAACACACAUGCAGACGCUGUUGCCUGGGCAAGUAUUCCCUUUCCUUUCCCUCAACCAAGGCGGUAUUCCAAACAGCAGUUUCUCUGCUAUUCAAGCACAAACUUUAAGAAAGAGAAAGUUAAAAAAAAAACAUUCCUAUUGGAAAUGAACAAAGCUUCUAAUGGAAUAACAGACAAGAUGGCGGGAAUUCUAUGUAUGCUUCUACCAUAGUUUUUUUUUCCUUUUAAAGUGCCAGCAUGUAGAAGGGUCUGAGUUGUGUAACCCUUGGGGCACCCUUCCAUCCCCGCAGUUCUCCCAGCCCCAAAUGACCCUGUGGGAUCAUUGGGAACUAUAAAAGCAGCAUGGGGGAAAGGCUUCGUGCAUGUUGUGCUGCAGCCGCCAUUGGAAUCGAGGCCUUGUGUGCUAUUUAAAGGGAAGACACCUUGGGGAGGCUCCAUACAUGGGACUCCCAACAUCUUGCCCGGUUUGGACCUUAUAAGCUUAUAAAGGGGACCAGGAAAAAAAGUAGGGAGAUUUAACAUGGGGGAGGGCAGGGCAAAAAGGGAGACCGUAUGUACUAGCCUUGGUUGGGAUAAGCCGAGAGUCAAGUUGUUGACACUGAAACUGCAGGUAGCUUGAAGUCCGUUAGAAACUCCAGAAUCGUUGCUGGUAAAGAAUCGAAGUAAUUCGUUCCUGUUAAUUCAAAACUUGAAUUGCCCUUCUUGUGGUGAUUGUGCUAGUUUCAUUCUUCUCUGUAAACCCCUCUUGAUGGACUAUCUUCUCCUCUUCUGUUGCUGGUUUCUAAUGAGAACCAUUUCUCUUCCCAAAUCCCAUACUCCUGCUGAAGAAAACUGCCCGGAGGACGUUCCUCUUGCUGUGAUAAUACGUUAUGUGGAGUUCUCUCAUUGUUUUGCUUGAGACCAGUGGGAGGGGGAAUGUUUUGUGUGUGUUUUUUUUAAUUAUGAGGCAAAGCGCCCCACAUUUAAGUUCUCUUUUUCUUUUCCCCACCCAAUGGAACAAACUGUAUUCUCUGUAAAUAUAGGUGAGAAUUGAUUCUGUUUGGGCCAGUUCAAUUGCAAACACUCACCUGAAACCAGGCAACUCCGGGAGAGACUUGAGUGUUUAGACACAGGUGCAAACCUUGUGGCAUAACCCAGAGAGUUGUUUAUCAUGCACACUAGAUGCAGGCACAUGUGCACGGAAGUAUGUUAUAGCUGCAUUUUGAAUGCAGUCUCUCUUUCAUCCUCUUCGGAUAGACCAGCCUGUUAAACGUAUUAUAGUUUGGGGCGGGGGUAGGGCUGCUACAACAAAAACGGUUCUUGGGAGCCUUCCCCAUAUUGUGGGUGUGUCCUUGCCUCCCCAAUGAUCCAUGAACUUGCAGUGCCAUGGAGCCAGAUUUAUAGCACCUGAAAUCAUUGUGGGAAGAGGGUGAAGAGAGCGCCGUCCCUUUCUUGCAUAGAUGUCAAGUCACGGGUUUCGUUCCAAGAUUAUCUUGGAUCUCGAAAUCGGGGAGUUAGAGGUCGGUCUCUAGCCAAGGGAGUUGUAAAGGGGCUGGCUUUGGUUGACUUUUUAGGGACUUUAAUUUAUAAUGUAAAAGUAGCAAGAGAGAAAAAGAGGCCAAAACAAGUUUUAUUUUUGUUUGUUUCUCGAAAAUGUGUUUCGCUGUUCAUAUUUGUCUUGCAAAUUUGUUAUCAGAACUACCUGUAAAAAUGUCGAUCCAAAAUUCUACUAAACCCAGAUUGCUCAGGGAGUAAUUAAUAAUUUAAAAAUAGUAAUACGAAAAAAAAUAAUUGGGAAACUUUUUUUAAAAUAAUGCCAAUACUAUAGCACGGCUUAAUAUUCUUAAAUUAUAGAGAAUAUAGACUGUUACUUUUUGUUUGUUGUUUUGCUUUUAUUUAUUUGUGGGUUUUCUUUUAAGUGAUUUUUUACUAUAAUCACAAUGUUGUGAUAUGAAAUGUAAUGGGGAUAUGGUGUGUAUGUGUGUGUGUUUUCUUUCCUGUGGAGAUUUUUAGUUGGUCCCUAUUGCACUAGUAGUUAAUGCUGUUUUGAAAUGUGUUGGCCUUGUAAAGGAUAUUGACUGGUAAUGAAUUUGGAUGACAUUUCCCCCCUUGUGUACUGAAGAGCAAAAUGUGCAGUUUUCUAUAGUUUGUACAAAAUACAGUUGUUGGCACAGGGUAGUACAGAUCCCGGUGCAGCGCGGAAACUGUGAAGAUCGCUUUGUAGAGAGCUGUCAAAGAGAGAGUGUGCAUCAAAGAGUGUGUGUGUGUGUGUUUUCUUUUUACAACUCUAGCUUUUCUUCAACUUUUGGAUGCUCCACACAUGUGGGCAACUCUUCAAAUAGCUUAUGAAACAGUAAGAAUGCAAAAGCCGAUUCUCCGAACCGCUGUGAACCCUGCCGAAUGUGCAAAGACCCGACACUUUGCUACGGAAGUUGGAAACCUAGUUGAUCCAUAACUGUUCCUUAACUAAAGUGCCUCUGCUUUUUAUAUAAUUUUUUUUUUCAUUUAUAGUUGGAAGAAAUUUGGUUGGAUACGAUUUGAGGAACUGACUUUUUCAAAACGAGUUUGGAUGAUCCGACAAUUCGCAUUUUAACAGUUUGAGAUUUUUGAAACGAAAGCAUGUUUUGAAUUUGGAAGAAAAAAUUAAAAAGGAAUGGUGCUGUCUCUACAGCUUUCGGUUCAAGGGGACCUCUCUUACUCCAUAGCUCAAGAGAUGGAGGAUGGCAUGCAUAAACUGGCAGCUUCCAGGGCAUAGUCGCAUCCGCAGAAUGUGUUCUGGAGAAAGGCGGGUACCUUGUUCUCCCAGGACACGCCCACAUUCGCUGUCUACAAGGGCCGUGUAGCCCAGCAGGGACCACUCUGGAAGUGGGAGCAUCUUGCAGUCCUUCCGUGUGGCGACUUCAGUGUGGUUCAGAGAUUGCUGAACCAGUACUUCUGAUUUCCUGAUGGUGCCAUCCAAAAGUACACUCACUUCUGGAAAACCAUGCAGACAGUUUAACACAACAAAUGGUGUUUUGUGUGGUUUGCAACGGUUCUCCUCCCCCCCCCCUCGCUCAUGCGCGCACGUGCUGCAGUAUUGCUUCCUGCAAUUAAUGUCUUGGAAAUCUGUGCACUCGUGGUGGGAAAAUUGGACCACGCAACCCCUCCUUUGUGUGGGACUUCAAAUUGGUAAGCCUUAAUUGAAGGGGGGGGCAUAGGAGAAGAGACUUUAGAGCCCCUCCCGCCCAUGAUCAGUCCAAUCAUACCGUUGCAAACAAAGGGAGGUCAUCCAGGUAAUGAAGGAGCACUCGAGAAAAUGCUUAAAUCUUGAGCCUGUCCAAUCUGAUGGAUUGGAAGGAAAGACAAUAGACUAAACUAUAAACCCUAAAAGAGGCUGUGUGAAUUGACCCAUUGGCUUUGCACGUAGGGGCAGAGCUCAAUUCUCUUCAAGAUCAGCCAUAAGGCAACCCCCAGGUUCUGAUUUGAGCCCGCAGUGUGUCUGGGUUCUGUGAUCCAGAACUUAUGCAUAUAAGUUCUGCCCCAAAAGUCUUCUGGUGUUUCAGUGCAUUGAGAACCACCCUGUACGGAGUUAGGUUUGUGCUGUGCAAAAAGUGUUAAGUGUUCACAGGUGAGUUUGCUUCAGUUCUGCAGCUGGGGGGGUUACAGCAUCUCCCAGGAUUCUCAGGAAUUCAUGCUGCACAGAUGGCAAAAUUGAGAAGCCGGGCAUUGGUUAAAGGCUUUUUUCUUUCUUUCUUGCUCUUCCAAGACUAUUCUUACUUCUACAACCAACCUUGUUUAUUGGGUUGCACCUGCCAUUUCUUUUGUGUUCUUUCCUUCAACGACAGCAACAAAAAAAGGGUGUGCAGGUAAAUACCAUGUGCCAUGUGCCAUUUCUUCAUUUAGACUGGUGCUGGGUGGAAGUAGCCACUCUUUUUAAAUUUUAUUUUCCUCUCUCUGUCUCUCCUGGGUGUGUCAUUUUAAAGAUUUUUUUUUUAAUUCAUGCCAAAAAAAGACAAAAAGUGAUAGUUUGUAAACUGAAGUAUACUAUGAUGUAGCUUAGUGGUAGCAAACAGUUUAGUGGUUCUAGGUGCAAGAAUGUUAGCUAGCAGGACAUGCUGUGUAUGUUAUGAGGCUGUACAUUUUUUUAAAAAAAGAUGGCAAUAUGCAAUAAAGUGUGUAAAUAAUA